AUGAGGACAUUCAUACCGGUAGCCAUUAUCCUGAUGGCAGCAGGCUCCCUAGCCAGCCAGGACUUCCUCUCGAAGUCCCUGAACGAGUGUAUCGCCGCUGAUUCAUGGACAACGUGUUUGAAACACGAAGUGCUUGGAUACCUGGACGACAGACUUGGGACAAAUACCGAGGCCAGAUCACUGGAUACCGUCGACGAAGCCAUCGUUGCUAGGACCUUCAAGUAUCUGAAGCGGUUCGAUUAUGGGAUCGAUCUGCCCUUCAUCGAUGCCAGCUUGAAGUACAGACCCAGCAGGAGCUUGGCCGAUUUGGAUGUAGAGUUCAAGGAGAACGAAGUGGCUACUAGCCAGGCACGUGGAAUCCUGAAGAAGAAGCUGUUGUUGCCGUUCUUGUUGCUGCUGAAGCUGAAGAUGAAGGCGCUGAUGCCCAUAUUGGUGGCCAUCGUUGGACUGAAGGCGAUGAAGGCGUUGGUACUCUCGAAACUUGCUAUCCUUCUUGUGAUUGGGUUCAUCGCUGUACAGUUCUUCAAGAAGGGUGGAAUGAUGAUGCCGAUGGGAAUGUCGAUGGAACCGGCCGCGCCGGCAUACGGAGCACCUUUGCCCUCAAGCACGUCGAGCUACGACCCAGCCGCGACGUGGGACGGAAACGGGCCGUACUCCCGUGUCUGGACGCCGACCAACGGUGUGGAGGGCCAGAAUCUCGCGUACUCUUACUACUCGCCCGGUAGCAGCUCGAGCUCCUACAAUUCCGGCUCGUCCUCGUCGUCCUCUUCGUCGUCAGCGAACUCGGCCAGCUCCUCGAAUUACUAA